AUGCCUCCCAAGGCAAUUGAUUAUGCCAAGGGCCUGACGCCCAAUCAACUGAAAUUCCUACUCCUAGGUAUUCUCUGCAUGGAGACCCCGCUCAAGGUUGAUUUUGAGAAGCUCGCCGCUAUGACCGGAUACCAGGCCAACAGCGCACGUUCUUCCUUCAACAGCGCCCUCCGCAAGAUCAAGGAGACCCACGAAGCUGGCGCACUCGAUGCUUCGGCUGAUCCUGCCGCUAAUGCCGCCGCAGACGACAAUGAGGGAUCCGCCGCGCCGCCCAGUGCCGGCAAGAAGGCCAAGCCCGGUGCUAAGGCUACCAGUGGCAACAAGCGCAAGCGACAGAAGAAAGUCGAUGCUGAGGAGGGUUCAGGUGUGGAAGUGUUGGAGCCUGCGCCUGACUCUGAGUAG